UCAUCGGUGUUGCAGAAUUGAAAGGUAACUGUGUGAUGUGCAUUAGAGUUAUUAAUAGCCCACACGCGACUGUGUACAUUGUGCUGAAUGGUAGCACCUUUCCAUUCAAUAACCUUGGUUGAAUCGCCACAGCGUCAAGUCGACAUAACGCGAAGGCGACACGCGCGAAAGCAAGAUCAAGCGUCAGUUGAGCAGCAACAUCGUUUCCGGCAACACACGAACAGUUGUCUUUCAGAGUGUAAUAUUGAUAAAAUCCGAACAAUAUGUCCAACAACGGUAGAUACGUCCGGGCUCCGAAAUAUUUCGACCCGCAACCAAGCGACGACGAGAACGAUCCGGAGCAACCAGAGGAAAACAUUGCGCCAGGCCAUGUUUACGACUCGGAUGAGGACAACACCGACAAUCAAAGCGACGCAAGCGAAACUGCAAGCUAUUCCGCCAUACUACCAGCCAAGCCAACAGCCGUUCCGGGCACGUCGAACAACGAAAAAAGUAAUCUUUCCGGUGAAUCAAAUGACAGCAAUGUCCCCUUGAAUAAUGAUCGCCUGCAACGGUUGGAGAACAUGCUUUUCGAUCUCACUAAGGCAGUGAAUUCCAUGCAAUCAACACGUCCCACUUCAUGUGCCCCCGACACUGACCAAAUCUGGUGCACAUCUGUCACCAAUACGACCGAUAACUCCAUGCCCAGUA